CCUCAUUUGUUGACUAUGACUACAACAAGAACUACAUCCCAACAUUUCAGGUUGAGUUAUGUGGACAUGUCAAGGUUAUGAUCAUUCUGAAAGAACACGGCAAGGAUCAACUUGUAUGGAACCGUACUGUAAAGCUAUCAGGUUCACAGACAGAAAGAAACCAGAUAGACUCCAGCCCUUCAAGCCAGUACACACCACGUGGUCAGGAUUUUUUCCAAAAGUAUAAGGCUGACCUGGAGAUCCGGCUGCAGAUCCUGGGUCCCUUUUUGGCCCAGCUUCAAAAAAUGAAAGUCAUCACUGGUGCAGAGAGGGAGCUGCUGAAUAGCAAACCCACAGACACAGAGAAGAACCACACUCUGCUGACCAUUCUUCAGAGAAGAGGAGGCAAAGCCCAGGAGAUGUUCUACCAGGCCCUGAAGGAGGAGGACCCACUGCUAGUGGAGGACCUGGAGACACCAAAUGAGCUCUGAGUCAUGGCAUUUACCUUAUUCACGCGGCGGCCAUUUUGUAGGGAUGUCCCGUGCCUACUGGUUAGGGCUUCGAUUCCCGACCAGUCCACGGUUGAAGUGCCGCUGUUGGGUAGACGGCUCACUGCUCUGGGUUAGUGUGUGCUUCACCUCACUGUGUAUUGACUGCAUGCUGUGUGUGUUCACUAAUUAACAAAUUUGGAUAAAUGCAGAGACCGAAUUUCAGAUCAAAGAAGUAUAUAUACUUAUAGUAUACUUAUAUCACCGGUGGUAUGCGAGCUGCUUCUAGGGGGUAUGCGAGA